UGUCCAAAGUGAACACAACCAAAGACGUGCGAAAGGCACGAGGCUGUUUACUUAACAACAGCAAUGCCGCCAGCGCUAACGCAGCGUCUUCGCGUAGAGAUGAAGAUUGGAACCGUGAUAUAUUGGGCGCAUUCAGUAGAAAAAGCGCUCAGUGAGCAAUCAACGAUUAUUGGUACUUGCUAUUAAAUCCCUAAAUCUAGACCAAUUACAUUGACAAAUUACUCAACUGUUGUGCAACUGUUGAGUCUGCUGAAUGCAGCCAUUGCGCGCGACAAAAACAAACGAGAGCGUCAGCGAGUCUAACGCUCGCGUGUUCUACACGCUCGUUUAUCGCGCGCAGAGCAUUAUGAUCCCAUCGACGUUGGUGAGCAUAAGUGAAUAUCUUCUCGAAACUUCUCGAUGGCAGGAGAGAGUUAUUCGAAGUUAUCCUGUAAUAGUUUGUUCGAGGUUCUCAUGUAAAAUCGAUACAGUGAUCAGAUACAGUGAUCAGAUUGGAGAUCAAAUGGAUCAAAUAUAGAGACUGUCUUAUUCCUCUCCGCGUCCGCGAGUGUAACAUUUUGGGGGCUCGUCCGGGAUUCGACGAUCCGACGGACCGAUAUCGGAGACACAAACGCAGCGAGACGUGAGUGAGUGAUUCAGUGCAACGCUGCAGGGAGUUUCCUUCGAAAUGGCGAUGACACACUCCCCGGUGAGAACUCGCUCCCAGGCCGCAACGUCGAUUCCGGCGGAGGGCACUUUGGAAGCCGUGCUGUUACAGCUACAGCAGUUGCGCGAGGAGCGGCGGCAGGAGAGUCGGGAACAGCAGCGUUUUCGCAGCGAGAUGGAGGCUCGUCUACAAGAGCGCGACGUAGCUCUGAGUUGCCUGGAGCAACGACUUUUACAGCUAAGUCCCUCCGAGAAUGUUUCUUCGUGCGAGAGCGCGGGGGGCGCGAUGCGUGAGUUACACGGGUCGCGUGCGGAGGAGAGGGCGAGUGGGGAUGGGCGAACAGCUUCCGCGUUAAAACUAAAACCGGAUACUUUCGACGGGACGGCUCCGUGGCGCGAAUAUCUUUCUCAAUUUUUAUUAAUCGCGAGUGCAAAUCAAUGGUCGGAAGCGGAAAGAGCGGUUGUUCUGGCUUCUUGUCUCCGAGGAAAAGCGCGUGCUUUACUCGAUUUGUGUGACAAUGGGAACGACACUCUCACAUUUGCGGAUCUUAGAUCGAAAUUGGAGUUGCGUUUCGGUGAGGGUGAACUUGCGCAGAACUUUUAUUCUCAGUUCACUAAUCGGAAACAGUGUUCGGGAGAAGAUUUCGCGUCGUUAGGCGCGGAUUUGGAGCGCUUGUCACGAAAAGCGUAUCCUGAGUGCUCGCUUGAGGUGCGUGAGAAGAUCGCUUGUUCUCAAUUUAUUGCCGCUUUAUCUGAUGGUUUUGUUAAACGUACUCUUCAAGUGGAGGGGAUAAGUUCGCUUCGUGUGGCAAUUGAGCGUGCGAAGACUUUGAAAUUGGCCUGAAUUGACUUUGGAUAGAUUAGCCUCUUAUCAGGAGAGGGAUUAAUUAUUUUUGAACCUAAUUAUAAGUAAGAUUUAGUGGAAAAGUGUUUGCUUGUUUUUUCGUCUUGUUUCUUGCAGUAAAAGCAGUUCAAUCAGUUGGUGGUCUUCACUUCGUUAUCAACUUAGAAGCCCACCUUGCCUACAGGUUUUUUGGCCAUGGUUUUUUCCUGUAGGCCUUUGCUAUGAGCAAAGGGCAAAUGCCAAGGUGGAGACUUGGGGAUAUCUCCUUUGGGAGAUUGACGGGACCAUGGAAAUUAUUCCCCCCCCUUUUCUGAAGACUCUGAUCGAAGAAAGAAGAGAUUGAGAAUUAAAGAACGACACGAUGGAUUUUCUACGGGAAGAUGAUGGAAGUUUCUGCUGUUCUUCAGAUGGGGAAUUCAACGUUCCAAAAGACCUGCAGCAGCAGCUGAGGUCAGGACAAGACAGAACCCCAGAAGACAAACAGAAUC